GUUUCUUUCUCGCCUUUUUUUUUUGUCUUUGAAAACAUGUUGGCAAAGGUAUGGAUUGUUUUGUCGUGCUUCAUGGCACAGGUUGCAUGGGCCCUCCAACCCAUGGGCUACCAGCCGUUGAGCAUAGCUCAGCUCGUUGGUCAGGCAGAUUACACUGUCUUAGCCAAGGUAGUCUCAGUAUCUCCAGCAGCCAAUACAACCGGCGCAGGUCCAAUCAACACCGGCUCAACCGCACCGACCAAUGCGUCAGUGGCAACUCUGCAAGUCUUGUGCAACUACAUCGGAAAUCCACCUAUCGCGAACGCAAGUACGAUCACUGUACAAGGUUUUGGAACUUACACUAGCGACUGCCUUUCGUUUGUGGGUGCCACUGGAUGGACGGGAUUUUUCUUCUUGAAUCACACCGUUAUCAACGCCGCUGGCAUCCAAAAUGGUAACACUUCCUCCACCGACAAUAGUUACCAACUCGGUAAUCAUUGCCAGUCGCCGGUUAUGAUGAGUCCCACUACCAUAAGCUCACUCUGGCAGCAAGUCAAUGACACUAGCAAUGUUGCUGGAACAGGCUGCUUGGCUUCCAAUGGAUUCCCUCUCCAAAGUGGCGGUGGGGUUGCUCAGCCUAGUGUUGCCGGUGCUACAAUGAGUGCGGCUGCUUCUGGCAACUCCAGUAUGUCUUCUGCUGCUUCUCCAUCCAGUUCAACGACAAGCGCUGCUUCAUUUUCUUCCCAUGUUAGUUCCUUGACUAUGGUCUUGGCCCUCAUAGUUGGUAUUGCCAUGCUUUAGACAACAUAGCCGUAACUGUAUCAUUUUAACCUAUAUUGUCAAAUAAAUAUGUGUCCAUAUGUGUGUAUUUCUCUUUUUUAUAUAUUUCUUCAGAGUUAUCAAAUAAAUAAAAGCAC